GCCACAGCUCUUCCAACCCUCAGACUGACUCUCUCUAUCUUCCCUCUUUCGAUUUCCAGCCACGACAACCAGUGAUUUAAACUGUCUUUUUCGUUGCGCGGUGAAAGGUUGCGUUUAUCCGCACUUUUCCCAGCGGUGAAACGGGGAUUAAAAAAAUAGAGCAGUUAACGCGUAGAAAACAAGACUGAAAACCAAACAAAACUUGGAUCUGUUGCGUUUGUGUUCCGUAACCAAAGCGGAACAUACCUCAAUCCCUCUUGUGAUUAUUUCCUCUUUUCUCUGGACGAGAAUAGGCUGUUGGAUUGCGCUCGAGCAGAAGGGCUUCUUACUUCUAAGAGGCGUGAUAUAAGAAGUUUAUACAUGUUUUAGCCUAAACGCGGAGGUCACAUUUACAAGUAGGAAAAGUGUCUAAUUCCAUCCUGCUGGUUGACUGGCACCAAUUCUAAACUUAGUUUCCAGAUGCAGAGUGAACAACCACGGUUUGCAAGCGAAGAAAGACAUUGCCUAUCCGUGCAAGCGUUUACUUAGAGACCCUUUUCGUCUUUCUUCAUUUGGUGUUUUGAGGAGAAGGCUUGUUUUUGAGGAGCAGGGAUUGUUUCUCGAUGCACUGAAUGAGGAGAAACGUCCCAUGUUCGGCUUUCACUCUUUCUGACAACCCUUCAGCCCCAAGUUUUUCUGUGGUGCAUCUCGAGUCUACAGAGCAUCCAUUUAAUGCCUUGCAGCAACGGUAACAUGUCCGACUUGGAUCAUUCCCUUCAGAAACACUUCCUCUGAUGCUCGUUCGCUCUCAAGACAGUUCUGAUCACAUCGCUGCAAACACACAGAAAGACCUGUUGAACUUGAACACUGUAACACCUAUCUGAAGCAUUCCUGUAUCACCCAGUCUUACGUUUACAAGUGGAUCAUCGGAAGUCUCACGUCCCGAGGCUUGACUGAAACUCGAGGAGUCAAAAUGGCAAACAACACUGCAGACCACCCGCCGGGGAACUCGGUCGCCGAGGUUGACCAUGAAGUGGACUUUGGCUGCACGACGAUGCAGCUCCGUGAGCUGAUGGAGCUCCGCAGUGGCGAGGCAGUCAGCAAGAUUGCAGAAUGCUACGGAGAUGUGCAAGGGAUCUGCCGCAGGCUCAAGACCUCACCUAUCGAGGGACUCUCUGGUAACCCUGCUGAUUUGGAAAAGCGUCACGCAGCGUUUGGUAAAAACUUCAUCCCCCCCAAGAAGCCCAAGACCUUUCUGCAAUUGGUAUGGGAGGCCCUGCAGGAUGUCACCCUCAUUAUUCUGGAGGUGGCAGCCAUUAUUUCUCUCGGCCUGUCCUUCUAUCACCCACAGGGGGAAGGCAACGACAGCUGUGGCCAAGCAUCUGGGGGUGUUGAGGAUGAGGGCGAGGCCCAGGCAGGCUGGAUCGAAGGUGCUGCCAUCUUGUUCUCAGUCAUUAUCGUGGUGCUGGUGACCGCCUUCAACGAUUGGAGUAAAGAAAAGCAGUUCCGUGGGCUGCAGAGCCGCAUUGAGCAGGAACAGAAGUUCACCGUCAUUCGCAAGGGUCAGGUUAUCCAGAUCCCAGUGGCUGAAAUCGUUGUGGGAGAUAUUGCACAAAUCAAAUACGGUGACCUUCUCCCAGCUGAUGGUAUCUUGAUCCAGGGUAACGACCUGAAGAUUGAUGAAAGCUCUCUGACUGGGGAGUCUGAUCAGGUCCGCAAAUCUCUGGAGAAGGACCCCAUGCUCCUUUCUGGAACUCAUGUGAUGGAGGGAUCUGGCCGAAUGUUGGUCUCUGCUGUUGGUCUGAAUUCUCAAACUGGAAUCAUUUUCACCCUCUUGGGCGCCGGCGGUGAGGAUGAGGAGAAGAAGGUGAAGAAAGGUAAAAAACAAGGACCCCCUGAAAAUCGCAACAAAGCUAAGACCCAGGAUGGCAUUGCUUUGGAGAUCCAACCACUGAAGAGCGAGGAAGGUGUGGAGUCAGAGGAGAAGGAGGAGAAAGAAGAAAAGGAGAAAAAGAAGGUCAACGUCACCAAGAAAGAAAAGUCGGUUCUUCAGAGCAAGCUGACCAGGCUAGCUGUUCAGAUUGGAAAAGCAGGUCUCAUCAUGUCUGCGAUGACCGUCAUCAUCCUCAUCCUGUACUUUGUCAUUCAAACGUUUGGCAUUGAGGGCCGUGAGUGGACAGCAGAGUGCACUCCAAUCUACAUUCAAUACUUUGUGAAGUUUUUAAUUAUUGGUGUGACCGUGCUUGUGGUAGCCGUGCCCGAGGGGCUGCCUCUAGCUGUCACUAUCUCUCUGGCUUAUUCCGUCAAGAAAAUGAUGAAAGACAACAACCUAGUGAGGCACCUGGAUGCCUGUGAGACCAUGGGUAAUGCCACAGCCAUCUGCUCUGACAAAACUGGAACGCUGACUAUGAAUCGCAUGACGGUGGUGCAGGCUUACAUCGGUGACACACACUAUAAAAGCAUUCCUGAACCAGAGGCCAUUAAUCCAGAGACUCUAGAGCUACUGGUGAACAGCAUCUCCAUAAACUCAGCCUACACUACCAAGAUCCUGCCUUCAGAGAAGGAGGGAGGUCUGCCAAGGCCUGUUGGUAAUAAGACAGAGUGUGCCCUUCUUGGUCUGGUGUUGGACCUGAAGAGAGACUAUCAGCCUAUUAGAGAUGAAGUUCCUGAGGAAAAUCUUUAUAAGGUUUACACGUUCAACUCCGCCCGAAAGAGCAUGAGUACCGUACUAAAGAACACCAGUGGUCCCGGCUUCCGAAUGUACAGCAAGGGCGCCUCUGAGAUUGUCCUGCGCAAGUGUUCCUAUAUCCUUGAUGCUUCAGGCCAGUCACGUGUCUUCAAGGCUAAAGAUCGGGAUGAGAUGGUGCGGAAAGUGAUCGAGCCAAUGGCCUGUGACGGGUUAAGGACCAUUUGCGUAGCCAUGAGGGACUUCACAACAGAGCCAGACUGGGACAACGAGGCUGACAUUCUGAAUGACCUGACCUGCAUCUGUGUUGUGGGCAUUGAAGACCCUGUUCGUCCUGAGGUUCCUGAUGCUAUUUCUAAAUGUCAGCGAGCAGGCAUCACUGUCCGUAUGGUCACCGGAGACAACAUCAACACAGCCCGUGCCAUUGCCACCAAAUGUGGAAUCCUGCUGCCUGGAGAGGACUUUAUCUGCCUGGAGGGCAAAGACUUCAACCAGCAGAUUCGCAAUGACAGAGGAGAAGUUGAACAAGAGCGUCUGGACAAGGUCUGGCCCAAAUUGCGUGUUCUGGCUCGUUCCUCCCCAACAGACAAACACACUCUGGUUAAAGGCAUCAUUGAUAGCACCGUUGGAGAGACAAGACAGGUGGUGGCUGUGACUGGAGAUGGCACUAAUGAUGGGCCUGCCCUUAAAAAAGCAGAUGUUGGCUUUGCUAUGGGUAUUGCAGGUACAGAUGUUGCAAAGGAGGCCUCUGACAUCAUUCUUACUGAUGACAACUUCACCAGUAUUGUCAAAGCUGUGAUGUGGGGGCGUAAUGUCUACGACAGUAUCUCCAAGUUUCUGCAGUUUCAGUUGACUGUCAAUGUAGUGGCUGUGAUUGUUGCUUUCACUGGAGCAUGCAUCACACAGGACUCUCCACUUAAAGCUGUUCAGAUGUUGUGGGUAAAUCUGAUUAUGGACACACUGGCAUCUCUGGCUCUGGCAACAGAACCCCCAACAGAAGCGCUCCUGCUGAGGAGACCUUAUGGACGAGACAAACCACUCAUUUCCAGGACUAUGAUGAAGAACAUCUUGGGUCAUGCGGUUUACCAACUUAUUAUCACAUUUACUCUACUCUUUGCUGGUGAGAAGUUGUUCAAUAUUGAUAGUGGCCGCAAUGCUCCUCUGCACUCCCCGCCAUCUGAACACUACACCAUAAUCUUCAACGUCUUCGUAAUGAUGCAGCUUUUCAAUGAGAUUAAUGCCCGCAAGAUCCACGGAGAAAGAAACGUGUUUGAGGGAAUUUACAGGAACCCCAUUUUCUGCAGCGUUGUUCUGGGAACCUUUGCUCUGCAGAUAGUCAUAGUGCAGUUCGGAGGGAAGCCGUUCUCUUGCACGGCGCUCACUAUCGAUCAGUGGCUCUGGUGUAUCUUCGUAGGAGUUGGUGAGCUGCUCUGGGGCCAGUUCAUCUCUGCCAUCCCCACACACCACCUCAAGUUCCUGAAAGAGGCUGGCCAUGGCAUCCCCAAAGAGGACAUUGCCCAGGAGCAGCUAACCGAAGGUGCGGAUGCAAUUGACCUUGCUGAGAUGGAGAUGCGCAGGGGACAGAUCCUAUGGUUCAGAGGUCUCAACCGCAUCCAGACUCAGAUGGACGUGGUUUAUACAUUCCAGACGGGCCAAACGGCGGUGCCUGGGGCCCUGCGUCGCCAGCCCUCCGUGGUUAGCCAGCACAACGACAUUAAGGUGGUGAACGCAUUCCGUAGCUCCCUAUACGAGGGCCUAGAGAAUCAAGAAUCAAGAAGCUCCAUCCAUAACUUCAUGUCCCACCCUGAGUUUGUACCCCUCUCCGAGGAAGAAGCCCGCAUCCCCACGAUAGACGAGGGCUGUGUAGAGAUUGAUCAGCUCCCCUCCUCUUCCAGAAAAGGAGGUGGCGGUGAACCCCCGGGCCACUCUCUUCACAGCAAUGAAUUCUCCGUGUGAACCUCCCAUCGAGCCUCCUGCCCCAAAAUCAUUUUUUGUUUUUUUAUUUGUUCUGUUUUUAAAACCUGUGCACCACUCCUCCGGUGGAGCCCUGCUGAUGCACAUCUGGGAGACAGCAGCACCUACAGCGGCCGAUGGGGCAACCACAAUCCCUUUCUCCUCUCCUCCUUAAUCCCACCCUCCCCACCCCUCUGCCCCUCACGACUUGUACUGUGUUGGCAGCAGCAGCAGUGCUCUGUAAGUACAUGCGGCUGUGCUGCAGCCCAUGUGACGCAUGGCCUAACUUACACACUAGAGGGCGACGCUGCGGCAAACGCCCUCUUUCAGCCUGUCACUGGCAUUUUUCUCUCUUCUACAGUUCUCUCAUUUUUAUAUUGUCACAUCUCUGGUCUUGUGUAAUGCUGUAAUAAUUUUUGUUAUUUGUCUUAGGACUCUCAGUUACAUAGUACUUUUUUUUUUUUUUGUAAUGAUACAGCCAAUUAUAAUCAUGCACUCAGUUGCUAUUUGAAUACAUUUCUAUCUCUUUUUUUCUCUCUCUUAAUUUACUCUGUUUUAAGAUGGUUUGAAAAACAUGGCAGUGAAGCUACCCAUGUUUUAGUUUUUAAAAUAUGAUGCUCUAAUGGACGUUUUAAGUGGUUCAGACACUACAUUCAUGUUAUGUGUGCAGACGUUGUUAAUACGAUGCUUUUAGGCUCAUUUUGGGUGUUCUGUCACUUUAUAUGUACAGAUGUAAGGCUGCUAUAGUAAACAUUAGCAGAAUAAAAGCCUAUAAUAAACUUAUUGUAUAGCUGAGUUAAGAAUACCUGAUUGGCUCUUAAGGGGGCAGGGAGGGUCAUCCUACACAGCAUCUCAUUGAAAUCACACCCAAUGGGCAUCUCUAGUCUCUUGUUAAUGCUCAUUUGCCUCAAAAUGAAUGCUCAACUAAUUGACCAAGUACUUAAUUGAAGGUACAGCACCUCAUCAUAGUGUGCAUGUAUCUGUCUUUAGGUUCAUCUGUGUCUGAUUGUAUGGGAAUGGGAAUUGUAUUACUAACCUUUAUGGGAUAUAACAACUAAUGAAUAGGAUUUUCUUUUUUCUUGUAUCCUCUUUAGAAAAAAAAAAUGCAUUUAGAGGUGAUUCUGUAUGUGUGUACUUUCAAAUCCAGUCUUUUUCUCACCUCAGCUCUGCAGUUAGGUGUUCUUCUUGUUAUCUACCAUCAGGCUGUGCUCCACAUAAGCUCCAAGUUACUCAGACAUCACUGGUAGAGCUCCAAAAUCCCAUCCCUGAACUUAGCCUGUGAGAGUAAGGAUACUGCACGUAGUAAGCAUGCUUUUGCUAUAAAAAAAAAAAAAAGAGAAAGAAUACACUUUAAUACACAUUAGCAUGCAGCAAGGGCCUCUGUUGGACCCUGUGAGCUCUGUUGAAACCUGGAUGACAAACUAGAUUGGACAGUUUUCAUAAGAGUGCGGCCUCAACAACAUGUGCUUUUUAUUAGCCAAAACAUACUACUGCCAUAGAACGACCUUCCGCUCAUACCAAUCUAGGUUUGAUGGAUUCCUCAAAUUACACCUUUUUCUACUUGCUCAGAGCCAUAUUUUAUAGAUUGUUCUUUUAUAUCCCAUUGUUUUUGCAGUUUAUUUUGUAUUUCCAACCAAAUUCGAAAAAUACACAGAGAGUCACUGCCUAAAGACAAAAAAAAAAAAAAAAUCUAGAUGGACCACUUUAAUGUUUACGGAAAGGUUCCACAGCAGUCGGCUGAUGCUGCACUUCCCCCUACUGGCAAGUUUUGCUAUUUCGCUUAAGUGGAACAUGGUAUGUUAUUGUGGGGAAGCAUGCAUGAAUUUCAUAUAAAACUCAAUGUUUUGUUCCUUUUUUUACAAUUAUUCUGUAUUUUUAUAUUAAGUACUUUUUAAUAUUUUAGGAAAAUAUAUAAAUAUAGGUGUAUAGGCCAGAGAGUUGGGUGACAUGACAAAUUAGCAAAAUAAGCAGUUGAGUACAUAUUGCAGUGUAUACAGAAUAUAUAUAUAUAUAUAUAUAUAUAUAUAUAUAUAAAAGCUUACUGUAAAGUCAAGGGGUCUAGUUUAGUUGUCAACAGAAGAGUGAGCAUUUAAUGGCCUUAUCCCGAAUAGCGUACUCCAAACCUGCAGCCUCAGAUAGAUGAGUGUAAAAAUUAUGAUUUGCCACCUAAUUAGAAUCUGUUGGACUAUAGUGGGAAAUGUUAAUUACAGGUUUUGAGGUUUUCGAACUUAACUCCUGUGUUCUUUUAGACUGAUAAAGCAUAAUUUAUUUUCUGUGAGACUUCUGUAUCACCCAUUAAAGUGGCAAAGUGUCGGCAAUGGGAAAAAGAGAUUAUUACAGUACGUAUUCUCUGUGUUGUCAUCAUUUAACUUUGAUUUGUCUUUUUGCAAAACAUUUUUGUCAUACGCGGCUCUGGAUAUAAAUGAAGAAUACGUACUGUUUGUUACAUGAAAGUACAAAUGUAUUUGACUUUGUGGAAGCAGUCGAAAUGGUUUCCAGUUAGAGCUUUAUAUAAAUUCUGCCAAAGUGUUGCUUUGUACAGACUUAUGUCUUUGUUCUUGUUCAUUUGGAAUAACUUAGAACUGGAUUUAAUCCAUAUUUGGAUAUUUCUUUCCCAUGAGUAUCUAAAAUAUGCCCCACUCACUUAAAUCUUUUUUCAUUACUUGAUCAGAAUGGAUGCAGAAAAAAGAGGGAAACGAUCAAAGCCAUUGUCUUCUAUUUUCCUUUCUGGUUCCCUUUAAUAGUUCUUUAGAACAAUUUCUGUUAGUGCACAUGUUUAUCUCUCUUUUCGCAUUGUGUAAACUGAGAAUCGCUUCAAGUUGUCGUGCAAAAACUUUUGAAUUUUAACGCAUUACUACUCUACUGAAGUUGUCUGACAAUUCUUGUUUGCUUGGUUAGGGACAGGAGGAAAUGAUACACCACAGCUGUAAAUAAAAGAUUGUUUUAAAACUGGAAUAUAACAUUAAGUUAUAACCACUUAUUUUGCAUAUAUUUAGUCCAUUUACAUCUGAUGUUGAGUGAAAUGAAAAUUGUAUUUGGCUGCGGGGAAAGCAGUCAAUAGAACAUCUGAUUUCUGUAAUUCAUAUGAAACACCUUAAUAUAUACAGGUGUUAUUUUUGUAUAAACAUAAUCUCAUUAAUGUGGCAUGCAUUACUUAUAAACAAAUUGGUGGUUCAAAGCAAUAUGUACAACCUGGUGCGAUUGGUAUUUUUAGUGUCCUGUGUAGCUUAAACCAUGCUGUACUUGGGGGGAAAAAAACUGCAUUGGAAAAAAAAAUGUAAUUGUUCAAUAUAUGUGUUCAAUGUUCUGCAUGAUUACAUAUGGAAUGAGGCGUCCCCAAAUGUUUACUUGUUUCCAGAAUGAAUGUGACACACAAACACGCGCACGCAUGCACACUUACACAUCAGCAGACUCUGCGAAGGAAACACACACUGACUCGAUGCUGUUUCAGAGAAGAACGUUCUGUACCGAGAUGAAAGCAUCUCGUUUGUUGUCUAGACAUCACGAGAGAGUACUACUCCAUUAAAUUUCCUAAUUACUAGGGCGUAGGAAUUGGGGAAUGACUGCCGGAGUAUGGGCUUGAACAAUCUGGUCUUUUUACCAGUUACGAUUCGAUCUGGCUUUGUUUCGUUACUUUUAUAGCCAUAAGCAGUGGCUGUCGAUUGAACUGCUUAAUUGCAGAGUGGUACGAGCUUUGAUGUUCCAUCACCUUAUUGUGUGGGUUACCGACUCCAUCCAGACAGCUCCCUCUCAUCCAUGCAUGACCCAUCAAAGAUGAAAGACGCUAGUGUGGUAAAGCUGAAGGACUUGCGUUUUCAAGGUAGGCAACAGUCGUACUUAGUUCCCAUCUCACUUUCCUGAAAUGUACUGAUUCCCUUUACUCUCUUAAUUCAUACUCUUUUCCUCUGUUUGAGGGCUUUGAGAGAGAGAUAGAGAGCAUUGUUUAAUAAACACAUACAAGUUAGGUUUAGUUAUUUCCAUUAGCCAAUGAAUGUGUUGUCUUUUUUUAAUAAUGCAUGUGAAAUACACUCUUAAAAUUAGGUUAUUGGCAUCUGUGGUUCCAUAACAUCCAUGGAAUCAUUCCGUUCCACAAAAGGUUCUUCAUACUAAAAGGCCGUUCACAUAGAAUGUGUCCAUUCCACCGCACUAAAUCCCAUUGUUUUCAUGUGGAAAUGUGCUAGAUGGUGUUAUAAAAAUGCAUUGCUCAAGUUAAAGUAAGGGCCGGGUUCAACCUUUCAUUUUCACCAUUCCACUGCAUGAUCAUGUCAUUAAUGACUUAAGCUAUUCAAACUAGGUUUCUCUGUUACUUUUACUGAACAAGAUCUAUUUGAAGGACAAGGGCUUUGCUUGGUGAGGGAUAAAAUGUUGGGAAAAAUCUGUUUACAGUCACUUUACAGAGAUGUGGUGUUUUGUAAUUAUUUUUUACAUCUCUAGGAUCACAGAAGUGCCAAUGGACCACAUGGACAACCUGCACCACUGUGUCUAAUUGAUUUAGUCUUGAGUAAUUGAUUAAAAAUGAGAAAACUGUGUCUUUGAUCAUGGGUUUUGGGAAAGUGUGGAGGCCUUAAUUGUUUCCAACAUGAAAGUGAAUAUGUUUUGCAUUUAAUUUGCAUAAUUGAAUUGAAAAUGUCAACUGGUGAAUCUAAAAAGCCCAAUGUGUCCCAAUGUCAUGUAUGUGUUUACAGUCUCUUUAAGAUGCUAGAGAAUAUGUGCUCAUCUAAUGUGAUGUAGUUUUAAGGGCUAUAAGGUGACAGUAUAGGGAUACACUGUUACCGAAUCUGUGUCUAAUUAGGAGAAGUUGACUCAAAAUGUUCUUGUUGGAAAGUAGAGUACACUUAGUUGGUUUGUUUUCAAUUGUCAAAGUGUGAGUUGAGCUCAUUUUGAUCCAUGCUAAAUUCAUGUAAAGUCGACCCAGCUGUGUCAAUCUUAUUGGAAGCAUUACCAUAAACAGCUGAAUUGCCAUUUCAUUUAUUGUCAAUGCACAUUUGGAGUAAAUAGUUGAAUGUGUGUUUUGGAUCUAGACAACAAAGUGUACGCAUGUGUGUGCUAGAGGACUCGGUCUUGAUUCUUGAUCUGACAGUCACGAACGGUGUCUUCAGUCAGUGUGUGUUUUAAUUGGCGAAAAAAGAUCCAGAUUUUUUUGAGCCCUUCUUUCAUUUAGCUUUUGUGAGAAUCAUUAUCAUGCUGAAAUGUCAAUCCUGCUUGCUUCGAACUAUGCAACAGAUUCAUUGGAUUAAAAUAUGAUGAAUUAUUUAUCCUCUUAGCUGUCAUAACAAUGCUCUCUCUCUCUCUCUCUUCCUCUCUCUGUUUCUCUCUCUGUGCGCUUGCUUUCUUUUGUCGAAGUGAACUCAGUCAUGCCCAUAUUUCAUUAUUUAUACUAAUGCAAGUGUAUUAUCUAUGUAAUGUAUGUGUGUAAUGUGCACACAUUCAAGUUUUCUUUAUUUUUUGUAAUAUAUUAUCAUGUGGAAUGCCUUGUUCUUUAUGUCCUGUCGUUAAAAUCUAACAGAACAAAAAUGAAAAAAAAAAGAUAAUCAAGCAAUUGAAGUCAAAGUUAUUACAUAAACUAUAUAUACAUAUAUACAAAUCUCUAUAUAUAAAUAAAGCCAUUAGAAUUUGAAAUACAA